AUGGUUGAGCAAAGUGAACAACAACGGCAAGGAGAAUGCCAACGCUUACAGUCGACUCUGCAACGCCGCAGGAUAUCGGAGUUACGUCGAAGUCCAGCAUUUGAUUCCCCUUAUUUGCCCGGGAAACAGACUUCAUCGCCGUUACCCGGCGAAAAGCAACGCCGAAAAAUAUAUGAACGUGACCAUACCGUUUCACGGUCUUGGAAUCCAGAACGCUACGACUAUGAGGAAAUUGAAGUGGACGAAUUAGAUCAAGAAAUUGUUGCAUCUGAGGAUAGGGCCAUGCACAUUGCGCUGCCUGUUGCCGAGCCAUAUACGGAUCCAUUCCAGGACAGAAUAUGCGAAUAUGAACAGGAAUCCUCAGAAAUGGAAUAUGCAGAUCCGAGGAGAAGUAGCGUUCGGAUAACGGUGCAAGAUCCUGCUGUUUACGGAAGAAAAGGAAGUUUAUACGAUGGGAAGGAUUUAUGUAGGCGCCAGAUCGACUCGAAACAACGGCAACUAGUCGCGAGGCAUCAGUUCAAUGUCCAUCUAAAGCCUAACAAUGAGGUAAGUCAAAAGUGUUUGGAACUUUGGGCUGAUCGGCGAAGUCUUGAAGUGCAGCAAGCCCAGCAACAGUCUUCAACCGAACAGUCUGCAUCAACUUCAUUUGAAUCGAAUACCGAACCAAUUCCAUGCGAUCCGCUGGAUUCGAGAAGGCGUUCGGGUUUUCUGGAGUUACCACAAACUGCCGUUAGCAAACGACAGAAGUACAAGAACCUGCUGCUGCAUCGUAAGAGCGAUCGGGAUCGGCAUACGCCAAUACACAUAUACGGCAAUUCUCUGGAUAGUGCACUAUCGACCGAUUCGAAUGUAUCGAUGGUUGUUAACAUUGGAACUUUCUCCACCGACUCCAAUAGAUCCGAUCAAACUGUGAAUUCAUUUCAGAAAUCGGCACUGGCGCAGAAUUUACGUCGCAAAGCGGCUCCAGGUUUCAACUUUCAUUUAGUCUUGGUAUAA